AUGAGCUCGAUAUGUACGAGUUACAGUAGCGGAGAAAGGGGUUUUGUGAAGAGCUUCUCCUGUCCCACAGCGGACAGUAACGCUCGAGCUGUUUUCUGCUGUGGAUUUAAUGAUAUGAAAUACUGCUGUGAUGAUCCCAACAGCUUUUUCCCUUAUGAAUAUGGAUAUAUGUGGUGGCUCAGUUUUGGAGCUCUGCUUGGUCUCUCCAUAGCAGCUGUGGUCCUGUUGGUCUUCGUCAUCACCGUGUGUGUCCUCUGCUACCUCUUCAUUGUCACCAAACCCAGUCGCAGGGACAACGGCCUCAACCUUAGCGUGCCAGGUCAAAACAUCCAUAUCUACAGAAGCACUGAACAGGCCAUCAUGCGAAACAUACACCACAGAGUUAAUAUGGUUCUGAUCGCAUAUUUGGUUAUGGCAAUGUCUGCACAUGCAUAUCCGACUCCUCAAGAAAACCAAUCAACUGCUUCAUCAGAACUUCCAAUGAAUAGUACUUCAGAUGGACAAAAUGACUCACCGGGAACAGCUGAAGCCCACUCCGCCUGGCCCAUUGUGCUCGGUGUGUUUACAGCGGUGCUUUCCAUCGGCCUCCUGAUAGCACUGGCCGUGAGGUACCGCUUCUUCCGAUGGUGCCUGACCAGAAACAGUCCCGCUUUAUUACUGGAGGGAGAAACGGCCAGUCAGUUCAGCCAAGCUGGAGAUCUGGAGAGAGAGAUCCCAGUGCAUGGCAUGAGGGGCAGAAUGAUCCGGAGGGGAGAAAGUUCAGAUGAUGAUGAUGAUGAUGAUGGCUUCAUCGAGGAUAACUACAUCCAGGCAAACGAGAGAGAGAAAGCAGAGGAAGAGGAAAUCCAGCAGGAAGAUACUGAAGACAGUGAUGAUGAACUGGUCAUUCCAGACACUAUAUACGUGAACUGA